GGGGCGGUGACGUGUAGGCCGGCGCCCGCUCCACUCUGUCCUUGCUCGCCUGGUCGGUGCGUCUGUCUGUCUGGCUGAUGGUCCUCGCACGCAGUUCCCUGUGACUCGGCGCGACCCCGGCAAGCGCGGCGUGGAGGGCUGACGGGGCGCGGCGGUACAGCUGCCCGCCCGCAUCUUUGGCCCUGCCCUCAGCACCUCACCCGGCGUGGGAAGUUAAAGUAAAACCGAAAGGGAAGGAGGCGCGGUGGCAGGAGCUGACAGAGUGAUGGGAAACGCGUGAGCAGGGCCGAGAGGAAGUAUGUUAUCUAGUGUGAGAAAAAUCCAGAUGUGAUUCCCUGAAUCAUCUUAUUUCCAUGCUCUCCUGAAUUCACUCCUAGCAGGUAGUUGAAAUCUGAAGUCAGCUAACUUGGAAGUUUAUUUUUUCAGGUUUCUUCUUGUAUGGAUCACUGAUUGAAUAAUAGAUGGCUUUACCUCGUCUCACAGGAGCCUUGCGUUCCUUUUCAAAUGUCACCAAGCAGGAUAAUUAUAAUGAAGAAGUGGCUGACUUAAAGAUAAAACGAUCUAAACUUCAUGAACAAGUUUUAGAUUUGGGCCUGACAUGGAAGAAGAUAAUAAAAUUUUUGAAUGAAAAACUGGAGAAGAGUAAAAUGCAAAGUAUAAAUGAAGACUUAAAAGAUAUAUUACAUGCUGCAAAACAGAUAGUUGGAACUGAUAAUGGCAGAGAAGCAAUUGAAAGUGGGGCUGCAUUUCUCUUCAUGACAUUUCACUUGAAGGACUCUGUUGGUCACAAGGAAACAAAGGCUAUCAAACAGAUGUUUGGCCCCUUUCCAUCAUCAUCUGCCACUGCAGCUUGUAAUGCUACUAAUCGAAUUAUUUCUCACUUUAGUCAAGAUGAUCUUACUGCUCUUGUGCAGGUGACAGAAAAAGAACAUGGCGAUAGGGUUUUUUUUGGUAAAAAUUUAGUGUUUUCAUUUGACAUGCAUGAUUUGGACCACUUUGACGAACUACCAAUAAAUGGUGAAACUCAGAAAACUAUAAGCCUAGAUUACAAGAAGUUUCUGAAUGAACAUCUCCAGGAGGCUUGCACCCCAGAACUCAAGCCUGUGGAAAAAACAAAUGGCUCCUUUUUGUGGUGUGAAGUUGAAAAGUACUUAAAUUCAACUUUGAAAGAAAUGAGUGAAGUGCCAAGAGUAGAAGAUCUUUGCUGUACUUUGUAUGAUAUGCUUGCUUCUAUUAAAAGUGGUGAUGAACUUCAGGAUGAGCUAUUUGAACUGCUGGGACCUGAAGGACUUGAACUUAUUGAGAAACUCCUCCAGAACAGAAUUACAAUUGUGGAUAGAUUUCUUAAUUCUUCAAAUGAUCAUAGGUUUCAGGUUCUUCAAGACAAUUGUAAAAAAAUUUUAGGAGAAAAUGCUAAACCCAAUUAUGGUUGUCAAGUCACUAUUCAGUCUGAACAAGAAAAGCAGUUAAUGAAACAAUAUCGCCGUGAAGAAAAAAGAAUUGCCAGACGAGAAAAAAAGGCUGGAGAAGAUUUAGAAGUUUCAGAAGGACUUAUGUGCUUUGAUCCUAAGGAAUUGCGGAUACAAAGAGAGCAGGCACUUCUGAAUGCUAGAAGUGUUCCAAUUCUGAGCAGGCAGAGAGACGCAGACAUUGAAAAAAUACAUUAUCCCCAUGUGUAUGAUUCCCAGGCUGAAGCCAUGAAAACAUCAGCAUUUAUUGCUGGUGCAAAGAUGAUUUUGCCAGAAGGAAUCCAAAGAGAAAAUAACAAGCUUUAUGAAGAAGUAAGGAUUCCCUACAGUGAACCAAUGCCACUCAGCUUUGAGGAAAAGCCAGUUUAUAUCCAAGACUUAGAUGAGAUUGGACAGCUGGCUUUUAAAGGAAUGAAGAGACUCAAUAGAAUCCAGUCAAUAGUGUUUGAGACUGCCUACAACACCAAUGAGAACAUGCUGAUUUGUGCCCCUACAGGAGCUGGAAAAACCAACAUUGCAAUGCUUACGGUCUUGCACGAAAUUCGCCAACAUUUUCAACAAGGUGUUAUCAAAAAGAAUGAAUUUAAGAUUGUAUAUGUUGCUCCAAUGAAAGCCUUGGCAGCUGAAAUGACAAAUUACUUCAGCAGACGUCUAGAGCCACUAGGCAUCGUUGUGAAAGAAUUGACUGGUGACAUGCAGUUGUCAAAAAGUGAAAUUUUACGAACUCAGAUGCUUGUGACCACACCGGAAAAAUGGGAUGUAGUGACAAGAAAGAGUGUUGGAGAUGUAGCUCUUUCCCAGAUUGUAAAGCUCCUUAUUCUUGAUGAAGUUCAUUUGCUGCAUGAAGAUAGAGGACCAGUAUUAGAAAGCAUAGUUGCCCGUACUUUACGGCAGGUUGAAUCCACACAGAGUAUGAUAAGGAUUCUCGGACUGUCUGCAACUUUACCUAACUACCUUGACGUUGCCACAUUUUUACAUGUUAAUCCAUACAUUGGACUUUUCUUCUUUGAUGGGCGUUUUCGACCAGUACCUCUUGGACAGACAUUUUUGGGGAUUAAAUAUGCAAAUAAGAUGCAGCAGUUGAAUAACAUGGAUGAAGUAUGUUAUGAAAAUGUUUUGAAGCAAGUAAAGGCUGGACACCAGGUGAUGGUGUUUGUACAUGCUCGAAAUGCCACUGUAAGAACAGCUAUGUCUCUAAUAGAAAGAGCAAAAAAUUGUGGCCAUAUUCCCUUCUUUUUUCCUACCCAAGGACAUGACUAUCUACUUGCAGAAAAACAGGUACAAAGGUCGAGAAAUAAGCAAGUACGAGAAUUAUUCCCAGAUGGUUUUAGUAUUCAUCAUGCAGGAAUGCUUCGGCAGGACAGAAAUUUAGUUGAAAACUUGUUUUCUAAUGGGCAUAUCAAAGUCCUAGUGUGUACAGCUACAUUAGCCUGGGGUGUCAAUCUUCCCGCCCAUGCUGUUAUUAUUAAGGGAACACAAAUAUAUGCUGCAAAAAGAGGCUCCUUUGUUGACCUUGGAAUUUUAGAUGUCAUGCAGAUAUUUGGUCGAGCUGGACGACCACAAUUUGACAAAUUUGGGGAAGGAAUCAUUAUAACAACACAUGAUAAACUCAGCCAUUACCUCACUUUGCUCACUCAACGAAACCCAAUUGAGAGUCAGUUUCUGGAAAGCCUUGCAGAUAACCUAAAUGCGGAGAUUGCUCUGGGAACAGUUACUAAUGUGGAAGAAGCAGUGAAGUGGAUAAGUUACACUUAUCUUUAUGUACGGAUGAGAGCAAAUCCAUUAGCAUAUGGCAUCAGUCACAAGGCUUAUCAGAUUGACCCAACAUUAAGAAAGCAUCGAGAACAGUUGGUCAUUGAAGUUGGACGAAAACUAGACAAAGCUCAGAUGAUUCGUUUUGAGGAGCGAACUGGAUAUUUUUCCUCAACUGAUUUGGGUAGAACUGCCAGCCAUUACUAUAUUAAAUACAACACCAUUGAGACCUUUAAUGAACUCUUUGAUGCUCACAAAACAGAAGGUGAUAUCUUUGCCAUAGUCUCCAAAGCAGAAGAAUUUGAUCAAAUUAAGGUCAGAGAAGAGGAAAUAGAGGAGUUAGAUGCCUUAUUAAGCAAUUUUUGUGAACUCUCCACUCCUGGAGGUGUAGAGAAUAGUUAUGGGAAAAUAAACAUCUUACUUCAAACUUAUAUCAGCCGAGGAGAAAUGGACAGUUUCUCCCUUAUAUCAGAUUCUGCGUAUGUUGCACAGAAUGCGGCUAGAAUUGUCCGUGCUCUUUUUGAAAUUGCUCUGAGGAAACGUUGGCCUGCCAUGACCUACAGGCUCCUGAAUCUUAGUAAAGUCAUUGACAAGAGGCUUUGGGGUUGGGCUAGCCCUUUGAGACAAUUUUCAGUCCUACCACCACACAUCUUAACAAGAUUAGAAGAAAAAAAGCUUACUGUGGAUAAGCUGAAAGACAUGAGGAAAGAUGAAAUAGGUCACAUUUUGCAUCAUGUGAAUAUUGGACUGAAGGUCAAACAAUGUGUUCAUCAGAUUCCUUCUGUUAUGAUGGAAGCAUCCAUUCAGCCCAUCACAAGGACUGUCCUCCGAGUGACACUCAGCAUCUAUCCUGAUUUCACUUGGAAUGAUCAGGUACAUGGGACAGUGGGAGAACCUUGGUGGAUUUGGGUAGAAGAUCCUACAAAUGAUCAUAUUUAUCAUUCAGAGUAUUUUCUAGCUCUAAAAAAACAAGUCAUUAGCAAAGAAGCUCAACUACUGGUAUUUACAAUCCCUAUUUUUGAGCCUUUGCCUUCCCAAUACUACAUCCGAGCAGUGUCUGAUAGAUGGUUGGGUGCUGAGGCAGUAUGUAUUAUCAACUUUCAGCAUCUAAUUCUACCAGAGAGACAUCCUCCUCAUACAGAAUUACUGGAUCUUCAGCCUUUACCAAUCACAGCUUUGGGAUGUAAAGCAUAUGAAGCCCUGUACAACUUCAGCCACUUUAACCCUGUACAGACACAAAUAUUUCAUACACUGUAUCACACGGAUUGUAAUGUCCUACUUGGAGCACCUACUGGAUCGGGAAAGACUGUUGCAGCUGAAUUAGCCAUUUUCAGAGUCUUCAACAAAUACCCUACUUCAAAGGCGGUAUAUAUUGCACCCCUAAAAGCCCUAGUACGUGAAAGAAUGGAUGAUUGGAAAGUUAGAAUAGAAGAAAAACUUGGUAAAAAAGUUAUUGAACUAACAGGGGAUGUGACUCCUGAUAUGAAAUCCAUUGCCAAGGCUGACCUUAUUGUCACUACGCCAGAGAAGUGGGAUGGAGUCAGCAGAAGCUGGCAAAAUAGGAGCUAUGUUCAGCAAGUCACUAUUCUCAUCAUAGAUGAGAUCCAUCUGCUUGGUGAGGAAAGAGGCCCUGUUCUAGAGGUCAUUGUAUCUCGAACAAAUUUUAUCUCAUCACACACAGAAAAGCCUGUUAGAAUAGUUGGACUGUCUACUGCAUUAGCUAAUGCCAGAGACCUUGCUGACUGGCUCAAUAUUAAGCAGAUGGGCUUGUUUAACUUUCGACCAUCAGUACGCCCAGUUCCACUGGAAGUUCACAUUCAGGGCUUUCCAGGUCAACAUUACUGUCCUCGUAUGGCUAGUAUGAACAAGCCUGCAUUUCAGGCAAUUAGAAGCCAUUCUCCUGCCAAACCUGUUUUGAUAUUUGUCUCAUCAAGACGUCAAACUCGUCUUACUGCUUUGGAAUUGAUCGCCUUCCUGGCUACUGAAGAAGAUCCAAAACAGUGGUUAAACAUGGAUGAAAGAGAGAUGGAGAACAUCAUUGCAACAGUAAGAGAUUCUAACCUCAAGCUGACACUUGCUUUCGGAAUAGGAAUGCAUCAUGCUGGACUACAUGAGAGGGACCGAAAAACAGUGGAGGAACUAUUUGUAAACUGCAAAGUUCAGGUUCUUAUUGCUACAAGCACAUUAGCCUGGGGUGUAAACUUUCCAGCUCAUUUAGUAAUUAUUAAGGGAACAGAAUACUAUGACGGAAAAACAAGACGUUAUGUGGAUUUUCCCAUUACAGAUGUCCUCCAGAUGAUGGGGCGUGCUGGGAGGCCGCAGUUUGAUGACCAAGGCAAAGCUGUAAUUCUAGUUCAUGACAUAAAGAAAGACUUUUAUAAGAAAUUUCUUUAUGAACCUUUCCCAGUAGAAUCAAGUUUAUUAGGAGUGCUGUCUGACCACUUAAAUGCAGAGAUUGCUGGUGGUACAAUUACGUCUAAGCAAGAUGCAUUGGAUUAUAUCACCUGGACUUACUUUUUCCGGCGUCUUAUUAUGAAUCCCAGCUACUACAAUUUGGGUGACGUGAGCCAUGAUUCUGUGAACAAGUUUCUGUCCCAUCUGAUUGAGAAAUCCCUCAUUGAAUUGGAACUUUCCCACUGUAUUGAAAUUGGAGAGGAUAAUCGCAGCAUUGAACCUCUAACUUAUGGCCGAAUUGCCUCCUAUUACUAUUUGAAGCAUCAAACGGUUAAAAUGUUCAAGGACCGCUUGAAGCCUGAAUGCAGUACUGAAGAAUUGCUUUCAAUUCUAAGUGAUGCAGAAGAAUAUACAGAUUUACCCGUGAGACACAAUGAAGAUCAUAUGAAUAGUGAACUGGCAAAAUGUCUUCCCAUUGAAUUAAAUCCUCAUUCAUUUGACAGCCCUCACACAAAAGCACAUCUCCUACUACAGGCACAUCUCAGCCGAGCCAUGCUACCCUGUCCAGAUUAUGACACUGAUACCAAAACAGUCUUGGACCAAGCUCUCAGAGUAUGUCAGGCAAUGCUGGACGUGGCUGCAAACCAGGGCUGGCUGGUGACUGUCCUGAAUAUCACCAAUCUGAUUCAGAUGGUGAUCCAGGGUCGGUGGUUAAAAGACUCUUCUCUUCUUACACUACCAAACAUAGAAAACCAUCAUCUUCACCUUUUCAAGAAAUGGAAGCCAGUUAUGAAGGGCCCACAUGCUAGGGGUCGGACCUCCAUCGAGUGCCUUCCUGAACUGAUCCAUGCCUGUGGAGGUAAAGACCAUGUAUUUAGCUCCAUGGUAGAAAGUGAGCUACAUGCUGCAAAAACGAAACAGGCAUGGAAUUUCUUAUCUCACUUGCCAGUGAUAAAUGUUGGCAUAAGUGUUAAAGGCUCAUGGGAUGACUUAGUUGAAGGACAUAAUGAACUCUGUGUCUCAACUCUGACUGCAGACAAACGAGAUGACAACAAAUGGAUCAAAUUGCAUGCUGACCAAGAGUAUGUGCUUCAAGUCAGCUUGCAGAGAGUCCACUUUGGGUUCCACAAGGGAAAGCCAGAGAGCUGUGCAGUUACUCCUCGGUUUCCCAAAUCAAAAGAUGAAGGAUGGUUUUUGAUAUUAGGAGAAGUGGAUAAGAGAGAACUUAUUGCUUUGAAAAGAGUGGGAUAUAUUCGAAAUCAUCAUGUUGCUUCCCUUUCUUUUUAUACCCCUGAAAUACCUGGAAGGUAUAUUUACACAUUAUAUUUCAUGAGUGAUUGCUACCUUGGCCUGGACCAGCAGUAUGACAUCUAUCUCAACGUUACACAAGCGAGCCUUUCUGCACAGGUCAACACCAAGGUCUCUGAUGCCCUCACUGACCUGGCAUUGAAGUAACCUGACCUGAACAAUCCAUUUGAAAGGAGUGGCUAAGAAUUCUCAUUGUUCAGUCAUCUAGACAACAUCGAAUUACUUGAUGUUUGCCUUGAAAGGAUCAACUUCUAACCUCAGCCAUCCAGGAAAUUGACAGUGGCUGCAGUAUUGACUCCAGUGACAUAAAGUUAACCACAGUGGCCUUUUAACAAAUGUUGCCUUUUAUAAUGUUAUCUUCAUGAGAUUCUUGAUAUGUGAGAUGAAAAAGCAUGUAGAAUAAUCUUUUAAUUUGUGUAUAUUUGAAAUGAUAUUUAGGAGCUAUCAGUCAAAUUUUACAUCUCACAAUGUACUGUUUACAUGAAUAUUGGCUUUUUCUUUUUUAAGGAAAACUGCAUUGAGGUGUGACAAGUGUUAGGACUUGUCACAGAUUUCUAACUCUGCCACAUAAAAUAUAAAUAUAAACCUGUAAGGUGAUACACAGUGUGUGUUGUUAGCAAAAUUUAUACUUUGAUAUGAUUACAUGUAGAAGUAGCUUCAAGAAUUUCUUAUACUCAUAAAUAUUUUAAUAAUAUGUGAUGUAAAAUUAUAUUAUGGAGCCUAAUGAUGAUAACAAAGAAAACAGAAUAUACUGAUCUUAGAAAAUGUAGAUACGGUUAACUGGGAAAUAAAAUAUAGAGUGACACUUCAAGAC